AUGCCUUUCGCCUACAAGAAGGUCCUCAUCAUCGGCGCCACCUCCGGAAUUGGAGAGGCGCUGGCGGCCAAACUCGUUGAGAAUGAGACGCAGGUGAUCAUUUCAGGGCGACGAAAGGACAACUUAGAUGCGUUUGUGCAGCGCCACGGUUCCGAUAAAGUUAAGAGCAAGGUCUUUGACAUUAUGAAGUUGGACCAGAUUCCUCAAUUCGCAUCCGAGAUCAUUGCUGAGAACUCCGACCUUGAUUGUGUGUUCGUCAACUCGGGUAUUCAGCGGCCCUUCGACUUUUCCAAGCCCGAAUCUGUCGAUCUAGACAUCUUCGACCAGGAGCUGGUCACCAACUAUACCGCGGCCGUACGUCUUGCAAAAACUUUCAUUCCACACCUCCAAAAGCAACCCACCCAAACAGCCCUCGCAUUCACCACUUCUCAAAUGGCCCUUGUUCCAAUGAUGCGUUGCCCGAACUAUGGCGCUUCCAAGGCAGCUCUGCACCAUUUCAUUCUCGCUCUGCGCACGCAGCUGCAGGAUGGUCCCGGCAAUGUGAAGGUGUUGGAAAUCUACCCCCCAGCUGUGCAGACUGAGCUGCAUGAUGCCAAGCAUCAGCCCGAUCUGAAAAAUGGUCAUCUUAUCGGUAUGCCUCUUCAAGAGUUUAUCAACGAGGUCUGGGCUGGACUAUCUGAAGGUGAAGAUCAGAUUGCGGUUGGUUCGGCGAAGGAUAUCUUCAAUCACUUUGAGGUCAAAAGACAGGAGAUCUAUCAGCAGAUGACUGAGAUGUUGUCUGGGUUGAUCAAGCAAUUCCUGCGGUAG